GGCUCCACUCCUGGAAAUCAGCCUACCCCUCCUGGCCCUGCAGCCCGGAGACAGUGCAGCCUGCACCUCACUCUCGCAUCCGGGACUGCACUGGAUCUGUGAGCUCAGAACAAGGUGCCCGCCCAGCUGCAGCCAUGAGGAUACACAGCCUCACUCUGCUCUCCCUCCUCCUUCUGGCCACUCAGGUGCUCUUAGCAGAGGGAGAAAAAAAGGGAAAGAAUGGACAUCACAGGAAAGUGGUUGCAGAGCAAAAGGACACUCUGGGCAAUGCCCAGAAUGAGCAGAGAAGCAGGAUGUCCAAGCCCAUGACCAAAGGCAAGUUUGUCACCAAAGACCAGGCCAACUGCAGAUGGGCUGUGACUGAGCAGGAGGAGGGCAUCACUCUCAAGGUCGAAUGCACCCAAAUGGACCGUGAGUUCUCCUGUGUCUUUGCUGGCAAUCCAACCUCGUGCCUAAAGUUCCAGGAAAGGAGGGUCUAUUGGAAACAAGUUGCCCGGAAUCUGCGCUUACAGAAGGACAUCUGUGGACAAUCCAAGACUAUCCUGAAGACCAAGGUAUGCAGACAGAAGUUUCCAGAAUCCAAUCUCAAGCUGGUGAGCUCCACUCUGCUUGGGAACUUGAAGCCCAGGAAGGAGAAAGCAGAGUCCUCCCCUAGGGAGCAUAUCAAGGUCAAAGAGGACACCACCUCUAGACCACUGGGGACCCAGACCGUGGCCAAAAAAGCUCCUGAGUGUGUGGUGGACCCAGACGUGGCACAGCAGAGGAAGAAUGCCCUGGAGUUCUGUGGGGAGUCCUGGAGCUCCCUCUGCAUGUUCUUCCUCAGCAUGAUACAGGACACGUCAUGCUGAUGAGGUCAAAAGAGAACAGGUUCCAUUAGGAGAUAUCAUGUCAUAAGCCCCUCUGUAUGCUGUAAAGACCUCCAUGUUCCCCCCAAACACAUGAACUUUUGUACUAACAGAAUGCAAUGGAAUAUUUAAACAGAUUUUGUAAUUUUUAUCUUUGUGUUUCGGAAAUUGCUUUCUAUUCAUUUCCUUGGAUGUGAUUUUCAGAGGCUGUUUGCCUCAUCGUAUGUUUCCACGGCCCACACAGCUGUGGCGUGUGUGCAGAUGUGAGUAUGAGCAGUGAAGAUGUGUCUUUGAGUUGAUCAAACCAGAGUGAUGAUUCCAGGGCAAUGCACUUUCUGCCAAAUUGACAAACAUAAUAAAGCUCUGGGUGUUUUUAAA